AUGGGAACCUAUACGAACGCUGCCACCAGAUCACCAAGUCUCUCUGAUGUUACCAUCUCUGAUGCGGACUCGUCAACGAGUAGUCAGGAUGAGUUCUACUUGGAAAAGUACAGCGCUCCGAAGGCCAACUCCGCCACAAGCGACCGGAACAUGACUGAGAAUAAACCAAAAAAGCGAGCCCGCCCCGAGUUGAAUAUUGUCACACAUUUGCCUGGCUCUCAAGCGAGGGCUUUGGACCCGGAUCUAACUAUCGCACAAGUUCGUGCAAAAAAGACAGCUGCGACCACGCGGCCUAAAUCUGUUGUUUCGUCCAAGGCCGAGCACUUCGACGGCUCCCUACUUGUGGAGCGGACAAAAGCCUUUGCUACAAUUAAGAAUCUAGCACAAGCCCGUCGAGAUCGAAAGCAAGCGCGGCGAGACGGAUUUGAGAAACUCGACAAUGAGCCGAGCCAGACGCCAGAGCCACCUUCACUGGCUUCUCAUCCCAUACCACCUUCGACCGGUGCGCCCAGUUCAGUUGUUAUCGGAAUUAGUCUUCCAAAGCAUGAAGCCGUUGCACAUGAAUUCAAUAAAGACUCUAGUGCGGUCACUCUCAAUACGUCUACGCCAACUACGCCUGCUAUUGUCAUCACCCCUGCGGAAUCUGAGUACCCGAAGGAGGUACUCCCAGCGGCCAUCAGAGGACUCUCCGCGCGUAGACCACGCCCUGUAUCAAGCUUCUAUUCAGACGCAACGUUCUUCACUGGUGAGCCAGGCAGUGGCGGGAAUGUACCGCCUGUCCCCAGAAUUCCUCAGAUCCCCAGCGGCCACAAUCGUCGAAGCUCAAGUGAUGAAUCACAGCCCUACUCCAAACAGGGUGUCAUUGGGUCCAGCCGACGGUUCUCCACCGAGAGUCGCGAACGAACCUUGCCCCCAAACACCGAAGACUCUCGUCACAAGUCCCAGGGUUGGUGGAGCUUGUCCCUGUCCCCGAUGUUAUCUCGCGCAGGGACUACGAAAAGUCAUCAGGCUCAACGAGCCACAACUGUUCCGGAUAUACCACCCGUCCCGGCUACAGUGUUGAGUGGAAGAAGUCGUUCAGGCACAAAUGAUUCGCAAACCUCUCCCGAGACGCCUCGACGCUUGGGACUUGCGGGUAUCCGGGCCAGCAUAUGGUCACAUUGGACGACCGAGCCAAAAUCCCAACGUGUUGCGAGAGACAGCAUCAACACCACGUAUCCAGAAGCCGGUGAUGAAGACCAUGACCGUGACCUUUCACCUCUGGAGGCGCAGGACCCUUUGCCCCGUGAACUGCCAUUCCAGGACUCUCUUGCUCAGCUCCAGCCUCGCGUGGCGGGCGGGCUUGCCGAUGAUUAUUAUCAUGCCUGUGCCAUUGAGCAGCUCUCGGGCCAGCCAUAUUUUGAAUGCGAAAACCACUCCUGCUCGGAACAGUGGCCUGUUUUUCGAUCCGUGUUCGAUAGUGACGGAGGUGACAAUUCCCCCAGUGCUGGAGGAGCUGCACGUGUGGCCAGCAAAGCUGCAGCUGACGAGCAGGACGACUCCGGCCUUGCCACGACCGCUGUCGUUGGUGUAGCUGGUGCCGCUGUCGGAGCGGUAACUGCCGCAACUGCUCUCCAUCAAAGUGACCUAAGCAAUGCUUCUGAGCCCGCUGUAGUAUCACCCCAUGUCCGUCAAGCAGAUACCGGCUCGGUGAUGCAGGCAAGGGCGGUAGAGAACAAAACACCGCCUAUGCCACAGAGCGAAGUCGCCUCGGACGCAAACGAGGGAAGCCGAUCGGUGGAUAUCGCUGCGCCCAAGUCCUCAUCUACGACUACAGCAGCCCCUGUGCCCAUACCUCUGUCCACUCCUCCGCAGGAAGUUCCAUCCACAUCAGCUAUGACAGACACACCAAGACCCACGACAAGAAAUCCAAACAUCGCGCCUAUUGCUCCACCUUCAUCAUCUGCAGCGAUCUCCGAUGGAAGGGUCAUAUCACCCGGGCCAGUAUCACCGGAGAUGCACCAAAUAAUGACUUCCAGAGGCGGUGUUCCGAUGUCUGAGAUGCGAUCAGUGGGUCAGUCAGAACCCACUGCGCCGCCAAUAGCAUACCAUUUCUAUGGCUAUCCACCUGCAGCAGCUGCAAAACCGGUGGACGUGGAGGCAGUGAAGUCUUCUCCGGAGACCUCGAAGUCAGACAUAACUAGCAUGAAUGCGAAGAACCCAGAGAAGCCAGGAAAACCGGGGUUCGUGCAACGCUUGAAGUCCUGGGCUGCAAAGAGGAAGAGCGCAAAAUCUACACAAACAGUUGACAAAAAGAAGCAGCGAAAGCACCGUUGCAUUGCCAGCCUCAUUUUCGGCUGCCUGUUACUGGUCAUAAUUGGUUCAAUCCUGCUUGCAACCCUCCUGACGCGACGGGGUGAUCGUACACCGACCCAGACACAGUGGUUGAAUUUGACAGGAUACCCUCCCAUUCCUACUGGUAUCUCUACCAUUAUCCGCCCCGACCCCGUGGUACAGCAGUCUCAAUGUGUGCAGCCAGCCACAGCUUGGAGUUGCUCUACACCGCCAGAAAACCAAUUUGAGAUCGCACCAAACAACCCCGAUCAACCGAACUUCCGUCUCGAGAUCAAAUUUCGGAAUGGCACAGUUCCCGCUAACAUGACCAUUCCCACAGGCGAUGCACCAUAUGUUCGGAAGCGCGCAUCCGACCCUUUCACGAACUCUCUGUUCGAAGCCAAUCCUGUACCUCCUUCGCGUGCCGACCAAGUCUUCAUUGGCAACACCACCGACAACAUUACAGCUCCUUUCGACGGUGAAGAUACCCCAUUCUAUAUGUCUUUCAUCCCUGUCUUCCCCAUCAACCCAUCUGAUAUUAGCUUGAAUGCAACCAUGUCAACAUCACGUCUAGCAGCUCGUCAACAGGCCAGUAACGAUAGUGUUGCUGACUUGGUACCGCCCCCUUCAGUCGAUGACUCAGGCUUGGCUGCACCAGCUAAUCUCUUGCCAACAUCGCCAUACCCUACAGCACAACCCAUUCGUUUCUACAAUCGUGGACUGCAGGACGAGCACUUCGGUUUCUACAUUUAUUACGACCGAUCCAUAUUCCUAUCCAACGACGUUCUCCAAGACGCACCUUCUAGUGACAAUACUACCAUUGUGACCCCCAACAACCCCAGCAAUGGCGCCGGUAACUCAUCCGACUCAGAUGGUGGGUGCGCCCGGACUGACGCAAAAUCCCGCUGCACGUUCUCCCAGACGCGGUUCCUGGUGCAAGUCUUCACCAACCCAGCCUUUGGUGGGCAGCUCAGAGGUGAUGUACCGGAGGUGGGCAGCAAGGGCGCCGGCAACUCCGCGACCAACUAUACGCCGCCAGGCUCCUUUCCCUAUCCCACCACCAUCACGGUUGACCGGCAUGGCGGAAAUGUGAACAAGAAGGCCGUGUACUGCUAUGGCGUGGAUGGCAACCAACGUAUCGUUGGCGAUGCGAAGAACUUCUUGCUAGAAGCGAGGGGUGCAGGCGGGAGUCUUGUCAAUGCGGCACCAGGGUUGUUCUUGUCGCAGGGCGACAGUGUCAGUGCCGAUUUCGACCAAGGAGCAGGAGGAAUCGAUGGCGGUACAUCUGGAUGCAAAUGUGCAUGGCAAAAUUGGGCGUAA